AAUUUUUAUGACUUUUAUUUCCUCGGCGUGUAAUCUUUCAAUCACGGAAGACUCGUAUUUUUUUUAAUUUAUCGUUUAUUAUAUUAUUAUUAGUGUAAAAUAAUUCUUACAGAAUCGUCUAUAAACGCAUAGUACUCUUCAAGCCUCCACAUAGUGAUCUUCGACUUUGAUAAGGAUGAGCUGUGCUGUAAAUUCGUUGGUAGUGGUGAUCGGUUUGAUCGGGUUGGUCACGGGUGGUCAAAACCGAAAUUAUUUCUGCGAUUUGCCCUGUGAUAAUGGUGGAAGGUCGAUUAUGAAUACCGUCUGUCAUAGACAAAAUUCGAUGUGCGGUAAAGGUCGAUCAUGCGGUCAAGACUUCAAAGUAGUUUCCCUCAACGAUGAUGACAGACAGUACAUUUUGGACAUCCACAAUUAUUUAAGAAAUAAAGUAGCAAUGGGACAAGAAAGAAGAGGAGGAGGUCAGCCACCAGCUGCCAAUAUGAAUACCCUUACUUAUAACAAGGAACUGGAAUUCGUAGCACAGUGUUGGAUUAAUGAAUGUCAUGAUGAUAUUUUGGUCCAUGAUAAAUGUAGACGAAUUUCUAAGUUUUCAUGGGUAGGACAAAAUCUUGCAAACAUGGGCAGCACAGAUCGAAGUGAAUUGGAAAAAGUAGCCAUGUUAAAAAAAUUAACUUUGGGAUGGUACGAUGAAGUAGAAGAAUUUCAUAAUUCGUGGGUAGACAGUCACGAACAAAGAGGUGUCAUGAUAGGUCACUACACGCAACUAGUGUGGGGCGAUACAAAAGAACUUGGUUGCGCUAUGUCCUUCUACUCUCACAACGAUGGCUUAUACAAAUGGUACAACUUAAAACUAGCCUGCAAUUACGGUCCAGGUGGCAACUGGCUGGGACAACCCGUAUACAAAGCUGGAAAACCAGCGACGAAAUGUGCUGGAAGAAAACCUAAUAAAAGAUUUCCCGGAUUGUGUGGGGUGGACGUCUCUGUUAACCAUACUAAGAAUUAUCAUAACGAGUUUUUUAACUAUCACAUUUAAUUCCAACUUUUUUUUAGUCUUCAGUAAAAUAAUUUUCUGACACAAAGAGAAACAUUGUUCUUAGAUAUUAUAUAUCUAAACUUUAUCACUAUAUUUAAAGUUGUCAUUUUUUAAAUUAGAAUUUAGAAAAUUAUGGUGUGUUAAAAUUAAAGAAAUUAUUUUUAAUAAGGU